CUGUCACGUGACGGGUAGUGUGGCUCGCUGGAUGUGAAUGGAGACGCUGUAGCUGCGGGAGGGGGCGGCUUGCAGGCGGGUUAUCUCCAAAUGUUAGCCAACGAGGUGGUCAAAAACUCGCAUCAGCAACCGGACCCGUGUCAAAAUGAGACCACAGUUUAAAACAAUGCAUGUUGAGGUAUUUAGGAGAGCGUGUGCAGGGGGGUGUUGAUGUGACAGACUGAACGGGUGGUCGAUGCGCGAAAGGCCUGUUAUUUCCUCGUUUUCAACAUCAGCAAUACAGUACUGAAGCGCCGGAUUACAUGCAACAUUACAGGCGUUUCUUUUCUUUCUCGGCGGGUCAUUGCAAAAUGAAGCGGGUUAACAGUUUUCAGAGGUUCAUGAACUCUCGAGCUGCAGCUAACUGCCGCUACCAGCCCACUGGUUAUGAACAUGCUGCUAAUUGCUACACGCAUGCGUUCCUCAUAGUACCUGCUUUCGUGGGCAUGACCCUGCUCUAUCGCCUCUCGGAUGACAGCUGGAAGAAGAUCACAGCCUGGAUUUAUGGCAUGGGUCUCUGCACGCUGUUCCUUGUGUCCACGGUGUUCCAUAUCAUAUCAUGGAAAAAGAGCCACAUGAGAAGUGUGGAGCAUUGCUUUCACAUGUGUGACAGGAUGGUCAUCUAUUUCUUCAUUGCUGCCUCCUAUGCACCAUGGCUGAACCUUCGUGAACUUGGACCUUUAGCUUCACACAUGCGAUGGUUUAUCUGGCUGAUGGCAGCUGGAGGAACAAUUUUUGUGUUUAUGUACCAUGAAAAGUAUAAGCUUGUUGAGCUGCUCUUCUAUCUAACAAUGGGUUUUUUUCCUGCUUUGGUUGUGAUGUCAAUGAAUAACACAGAGGGGCUUCAGGAGCUGGCUUGGGGAGGUUUGCUCUACUGCUUCGGAGUGGUUUUCUUCAAGAGUGACGGGCUCAUUCCCUUUGCACACGCUAUCUGGCAUGUCUUUGUAGCAAUCGCAGCGGCUGUACAUUACUAUGCCAUUUGGAAAUAUCUGUACAAAAGCCCUUUAACAGACCUCAUCAGAGAUUUAUGAAAAGUUCCAGUUGCAUUGCGUGACUUUCUUCUUUUAUAAAGAUGAAGAUCUCCCAUUCCCCUUUUCUACUGUGAACGUUGUUUUCCAUACAGUGGGCAGCAUUGCAAUUUUCCCCAGGUACCACAUGGCUAAAUCACACGGUAACUUGAAGCAAGUCAUUUUCUACCACGUUUAUCCCGCGGUGCAGCUUGACAUGUCAACUCAAUACUUCGUUCUUCUAGCAGUGCACGCCAGAGGGCUUUUAGGAAUGCACUUGGCUAUAUACCGUUCAGGUUUGUUUAAUCUCUUAGGGACUGUAUUUUUAAAUGAUUGUUUUUCAUUGUCAUCAAGGCUUUUAAUGUACUGAUUAGGAUAGACUGUAUUAACAGGGUUACUGGUUUUACUGGGAAACUUUUCCCAGGGACCCACUGUAUCUACAGUAAGGAUGUAGCACCGUGUCUGAUAUUAGACUAUUCAAACCAACACUGCUUCAGGUGUUUUUACAGUGGAAUGAAAAUUAGCAGGGUUGUAAAAACAAAUUCUAUACAUCUUUAUCGAAGUACAUUGUGUGUAAAAAGUUGGAAAGAAAAUAAGUAAUGUUCAAGCAUAAGAAAUUCAUGUUCGUUCCAGCACUAACGAAAUUGGACUCAAACACUCUUAGGCUGAAAAGGCAUAACCAGCAGCCAAAAGUUUACAGAGGUCACAUGACACGUGCAUUGUUUACUGUUUUAUAAACAUCACGGGUUUGUCGUUUUUAGAGCUGUUUCUACGAGCAAUGAUACGCAGUGCCGAUAAGUUGACUUUUUUUUGUACAACAUUUUAAAUUGUUCUAAUGAAAUGCUAACAAAGGUGACGUUUAACCUUAUUGAGUAUAAAAGUCUCUAGGAUUGAAUUGUUAAAUGAAAAACAUAUAAAAAGCUUAUUUUUUUCUUUCCCAUUGGAAAGAUAUGAUUUAAAAACUUUUUUUUAAAUAAAUUGCAGUUACUGAAGCUUUGUUAACAUUAACAUGCACGUCUACAGAACAGAUUCCUGAGAACAGAAAGGCUGGGAGACACAUUCCAUGUGCAAACAGUCUAUCUUUCCAAACCACUUUUGUCUGUGUUUGGAUAAAAGGUUUUGUUUAUUAUUACUGCUGUUAUAGUAUACCGGAUCAGUAUUGAAACAGGUGUCUCUGGAAAGUUACGCGCGUGGUUAUUAGAAACAGUUAUAGGAAAGAUUUCCAAUUGACUGCUAAUGGGUGAGGCCAGGCGGGAGGACAGGGGUACUGUCUUGGGACUGGUGUUAAUGUUUUAAUUCCACCUAAAAUGUACACAUUUUGGUAUGUCUUUACUAUAAGUGUUGGUAAUUCAGAUGCGUUAUAAACUAAAUCACAAAGCUUUAGAGUUUUAUUAAAGGGGUGUCUUAUUCGUGCACAGGAUCGCAAGGUUAUUUUGAUAAAUAUUCACACUGAUGUACAGAAUACAAUAAUGCAGUGCUAAUGGUUUCAUAAUUAAAAUAGUAAAUAGUAGAAUUAUUGUAUGUCGGUAGUUAUUGAGUACUUGUGUUAGCAAAGACAUUGUGCAAAUGGGCUUUUGUGUGAAUGAUGCAACAUUAAACUGAUGCCAGCAGUCGUCUGGUGAUAUUCUUUCCAAUGACUGUAAGCAAGAUGUGUUUGCAGUAUUACAGGUGCUUGACGAGGGAGAAAUGCAUUUGUAUUGCUUUUCCCCCCUUAAUGUAUUCCUCAUUUUCUGAGGUGAUUAUUUGCCACUUGUUCAGCAGAUCAUGGAUAUCGAGCAGGGUCUGCUCCACUAUGAGAACUCUGCAGUAGUGUCACCGGGAGAUGAACCCCGCCUCCUCAGUAUAGCUAGCCUAUGCAGAUCAUUCAAACCCUUUGGUGCCAUGGUCUCCAAUAUCUGACAGGGAAGCCAGUUGUUAUUUUGAAUCUAGAAUCUGUUCAACCAAAUUCUAAACUCCUAAAUAAAAUAAAAAAAUACAUAUUUUGGGUGUUUGUUUUGGAUUCCUGGCUCUGGAAUUCAGAUAGUAGCGUUAGUGGAACACAUCACAGGCAUCUAAGGGUUAAAUGCAUUUUGUUUUUUGAAGAACAAAUAAAAUAAACAAUACUUUUUAAAAAAAAUUGU